AUGUCCUUUACGCCAUCACCAAUGACUCCAAAUCCGUCGACCGCCGUCCUACGAUCCACUACUCCUCCACCAAUAUACUCACCUGACGAAUUGGCUCAUGGUCGAUUUUCCCAAGAGAGAGGAGAGCCAUCUUUCUCCUCUUUCCACCACUUAGACACCAAGACUUCGAGUCCAACUGACGAGAGCGACGAGGCUUUGAUCCUCGAUGGUGCUCUCCCGGGGCCUGUGAUAGCUGAAGGCUCCAUGUCGACAGCUCGAGCGCCAGCUUCACUGGACUACGGACUACGAUUACAUGAUUCCUCCGCAGCCUCGCUCCGAUCUGCCCAGUCAAACUCGAAUGCAAUUUUCAGACCAGUUACCUCGUAUUCAAUGCCGGCGUCGACUGCUGAUCUUACCGUCACACCGCUCCAUCUAUUAGGAGAUCAGGCAGAUUUCGUGGACUGCCCGUUCUGUCGGCGACGAGUUGAAACUAGAAUUAAGAAGAAUGCUUCUACAGCUACGCACAUGGCCGCAACCGGACUCUUCUUUACGACCGUUGGAGGCGUAGUAGCACCCUACGCUGCCAAAUGGAAAUGCCAUAUCAGUCACUUUUGCACCAAUUGUGGUAAAAAAGUGGCCGUUAAGCGACAUGGUUCAGAUGAGAUGAAGGCACUGGGGACACCAGACCAUUUGCGUCAAGUGUCCAAAUUCCCUGCUGCUGUCACCCCAUAUACGUCAAAUAAUUAA